CUUUUGAGUGAAGUAGAGAAAACCGUGAUCGUAGUGUACUAAGAUCAGUUGUGAUCAUUGUGUUCUAUUACAAAUUUAAGUUUCGUUAAAUUUUGGUAUGGUUUCAUUUGUAUGCUAAAACCAUUUCAAUGAACGGCUUGGAUGAACUUUGGCUUAUAGAAUUUUCAUCUAUUAUAGAACUUUUGGAAUAAUAUACACAUGGCUUCAACUGAAGUUUCUGUUGAAACCAAAGCAAAUUCUGAUAGAAAUGAUUUGGUGGAUACUGCAAUCAAAUUUUUGCAAAACCCCAAAGUUAUUAAUAGCCCACUGUCUCAAAAACAACAAUUUUUACAACGAAGAGGUUUAACUGAAGAGGAGAUAAGAAUAGCAUGUGAGAAAUCAGGCGCUUAUGAACAUCAUGAUAAGCAACAAGAUUUUCAAGUAAUUUCUACACAGCCUUAUAAUGCACCUGCUAAUAUUUAUAGUCAAGUAACAAUAUUACAUAAAAUAAAGGAAAUUGCCCACAACAUAGCAAUAUUUAGCGUUGUUGCUUAUGUCAUACAUAAACUUUAUGAGAUGUACAUAGCACCAUUUUUAUUUGGCAAGAAGAAAAAAGACUUAGAUGAUAAGUUGGAAACUUUUGAAAAUAAUAUGAGGAGUUCAAUAAGUGAAAUUAGAAACGAUAUAUGUGAUGUGAAAGCUGAAAUUGAUAAGAUCAAUUCUAGUCCAGAUAAUGAAGUAGCAAGACAACUGAAAGACUUCAAAUCUGAGUUAUCCACUGUUAAAGGAUUGUUGCUGACCAGAAAACAAUUUCCCUCUGUAAAUGCUCCAGUAGUUCCCCCUUCGAUACCGGCGUGGCAAAUGUCAAGUGUGCAAGACAGCGAACAUGAUAAUGAGCCUGAUGUAGAUCAUGAAGAAAGUAAGGAAGAGCUAAUGGAAGUAGGUUCAGGAUCAGGAUCUUCUGAGCCAGAGCAUUUUAUGAAAACGAGUGAAUCCAGCCUAGAAAUAAUUUGCCAUGAGGAUAUAGCAUAAACUGUACACAAAUUUCUAAUAUACUCUUCCAAAGAUUGCGACUCCGAAUCCUAUCACAGCAAAAAAAGUGGAAGAGAUGAAACAGAGAAGGACUAAGUAGCAAAUAGUUAUUAUUACAAUGUUGUUGCGCUAGCAAGGAGCAUGUUUUAUUUUGUUGUAAUUUUAUGAUGUGAUAUUUUGUAUAUUGACAAUGUUUACAGUAAAACAUUUUUGGUUACUAGACAAUGUCUUUUAUAAAUGACAGAAAUUACAAGUGGUAACUUCAAUAUGGCAGUUACAAUAAUUUGAGUCUUAGAGUCAAGAGAUGUUUUCGGAUAUAUUUCCCACGCUUUGAACUUUGACGUUUGUCAAUUGUGACAAUCAUGUCAGUGAGUGUAUUCGUGUUGUUUUGCGAAAAUGUACCCAAAAACUAAUGGUGGUAGAAAAAGUAUAGUAUGCAACACGUUCAGUAAACUUUUUGAGUCACUCAUUCAUUAAACACUCGCUCCGCUC